AUGACGAGCAAGGUACUUCCCCUGCUGGCAGCCGAUGGACCAUUCAUUUUUCGUCAACUUUUUGAAUCAACCAGUUGCACAUUCACGUACCUCAUUGCCGAUGCCGCGUCGAGACGGGCUGUCCUCAUUGAUCCAGUGCUGGAGACUGUCCAACGUGAUGCCAAAUUGAUAAGAGAGUUGGACUUGGAUCUGCGCUAUGCGAUCAACACACACUUGCAUGCGGAUCACGUGACGGGCACAGGAGCUCUGAAGAAGAUGUUUGCUCCCACCUGCCAAAGUGUCAUCUCCGCCACCUCGGGGGCGCGAGCCGAUGUCCUCUUAAAGGCGGGCGAAGUCCUCGACUGUGGAAACAUCCAAUUGGAGUGUCGCAGCACUCCAGGUCACACCAACGGUUGUUUCACCUACGUGCUUCACUCGGCACGAGCGGCCUUCACAGGCGACGCCUUGCUCAUCCGAGGCUGCGGCAGGACGGAUCUGGGGCAGGGCUCACCCGAGAUCCUCUACGAGUCCGUUCACUCCAAAAUAUUCUCCCUUCCUGACGACUACUUCCUCUUUCCUGCCCACGAAUACUCUGGUCGUAUGAUGACUACUGUGGGAGAAGAGAAGAAGCACAACACAAGACUCUGCGCGUCGAAGGAGAAAUUUGUUGACAUUAUGCAGAAUCUGAAUCUUUCUUACCCGAAACAAAUGGAUCGAGCUGUUCCACUCAACCUCAAGGACGGAUGUGAAGACGAGUAA